AUGGAGGGCGAACUCACGCAGAUCCUGGGCGAGUUCACCGUGGACCCGGCUAUCAGCAACAUGCUGGUCCAGCGCGGCUGCCUCAAGCUGUGGCAGUUUGUCGAGUUCGUUGACGACAUCAAAGACUGGACGGGGAUCCUUCCGUCCAUGGAGCCCGCCAUCACGGACAGAACGCCCGUCGCCGCCCUGCGGCGCGCGUGCAAGGCUGCAGCGCAGAGGGACGAGGAAAGGUCCCGCUGGGGCAAGGACAAGCCAGGCGAAGACAUGGGCGCUCCGAUCGACCCUGUUACACGCAGGACAAUCAUUGAGGCUCACGCUGAGCUCUACCGCUUCCCCAUCCAGCUGACCCGUCAACCCAGCGAUUCGCUUCUGGGUCGCCUUCAUCGGGGUCGGAAACGCGGGACUUACACAGUGAUCAACCUCGCGAAGAUCACGUCCGUGGCGUCGCAGAGCGUCCACACGAAACACUUCGAAGUGGUGCCUGGGAUCGCCUUCAGCUUGGGUUCGCACGGUCAUCUUCCUGAUAUUGGCGACAACAGCAAGGCGCUUAGCGCGGCGCAAUGGCUUCUCAAUCUGCGGAUCCUAUACAACGGCUAUUCCAUUGUCGGCAUCCGUAGGUGCUUGAACCAGAAGAGUGAAGAGGUCCUGUGGUGCUCCUGGCCGCUGGUGUCGCACUUUGUGGACACCUUGGUGGACUUGGCAACGACCAACGUCCCAGGCUCCAAGGUCAGGCCCAACUUGGGAGCCUUGCAGUUGGCGGAGCUGCAAUUCCGCACGCGGAUCGUGGACCUGCUCAGGCAGAACCCGGCCGGCCGCAACAUCUCCUUCGAUGGCGCCUUCCAGCAAACAUUCAUCGAGAAGCAGGGCCUGUUCCACUUCGCGGCCCCGCCCGCCCCUGUUACGCAAGCAGCCGGGAGCGGAGGCCGCGGAAGCGGGCAGCCGCAGAAACGCCAGUACGGCGGCUCCGGCGACGGCGCGCAGAGCCGGCGGCGCACGGGGUCGGCGGCAGGUGGUUCCGGCCCGGGGAAGGCCGGCUUGGCCGCAGGCGGGGAGAUGCGGCCGAGGCCGCGGUUCGCCCGUUUCGACGGGAGCGGGGCCCCCAUCUGCCCAGACUACAAUACGGUCGGCUGUUCCCAGCAAAGGUGCAGACACAAGCAACACAAGGUUGUGCACUGCAGCGACGUCUGGGGCUGCUACGGUGCGCACCCCAGGUGGGAUCACGAGCGAGGGCAGGCGGUGCGCGUGGCUGGUCUAGCGGGCUACUCAGGCAGACAGCCUCGGGGGCGCGCAGUAGGCCGCUUGGUUCCUGACUUGCCGCCGGCGGAAUUCAUAGAGUUCGCUCUUACGCAGGUAGUGCACCCUCUGGCGCAACCGUGCCCGUUGCCGGCCAGGCUGGUCCAGUGCGUUCAGCGCGCGGCCGGGCUGCGGGGCGGCAUUGUGCAGCUUCGGUGGGAUCUGUACUCCGCGCUCUUGCGCAAACAGGCGGAAUCAACCCCCAGCUACAACAGCUGGAAGGCCAGCCUCUCGGCUGACCAGGCGCUUCUGCACGGGCACUGGAAUUUCCCGCUCCCGCCGGAGUUCUGGCAGCAAGUCCCGGCGCGCAAUGCAGCGCUCGUCGGGCGGUGCGGCCCUACCGGUGAUUCCGCGCUGGACGAGCGGGCCUGCGAGAAGACUUACGAGGAGUUCGCCCUCAACCUCAUGGAAGGCCCUUUCGACACUCUGGAGGCCUGCCCAGGCAAAGACAAGGUCCUCGUCCGUCGCAAGCCCCGGUGGCAAGACAGCGAUGUUCGGAACAUCGACGACUGUUCUGAAAACAACAUCGACGCCACUUUCGGCAGCUACGAGACGUACCGCCCCGCUGGCGUGGACCACCACGUCUCUGUCGUCAGGCUCUGGGAGGAGCUGUGCCCGGGCACGCGCCUCAAGGGUUUUGUCGCCGACCUGUGGAAACACUUCAGGCAAGUGUUGGUCGGACUCAACCUGGUCGUUGCGUUUUGGUGCACCCGCGCGCAUCGUGUGCGGUUUGGCCGCCUGCGGGGAAGCCCUUUUGGCGCGGCCGCGUGCGUCCAGACGUGCGCGCGGCUGCCCAUGGCCAUGUGCGCCCUCUUACAGCAUCACCUCUUGGUGCCUGUGCAGCAUUGCCAAGACGACCACCACUGCGUAGAACCUGACUACAGCGUGGCUCAGGCGUGGGCCCUCUUGAAAUUGUUCUAUGAGAUGAUUGGCCCCAAACUAGCGGCGCCGGGCGGUCCGAAAUUCCCGUUGCCCGCAUACCAGUUCAAGCUGCUGGGCACUUGGAGUGACCUGUCCGCUUCACCGCGUGAGAUACGGGUCCUGCCGGCCCGCAUCGAGGCGAUCUGCUCUGAGCUUUCGAGCGUCAGGGACACAGAGCGUUUAAGCAGCGGGCUCGCAGCAGAGCUACACGGCAAGUUGGCAUUCGCUGCGGGGCAACUCUUCGGCAGGUUCGGCCGCGUGCAUCUCGGGCCUUUCAAGCGGCGCCAGUGCAGCAGGCACGGCCACGACACGCUGAACGACAGCAUUCUGGCCGCCAUCAAGUUCUGGCUUAGCGCCCUGCCUCUGGGCCCCUUCCGGGUGGUGCCGCCUGGGCCGGGCGCGCCUUUCGUGAUCACGAUGAGCGACGGCGAGGGCUCCGGUAGUAUCGCGGCAGCCAUCUGGAGCCCCCUCGCCGCGGGUGGCCGCGCUUGCCCGCGCUGGUUCCAGAUGGACCUUCCCAGGGAGGUACUUGCGGACUGGGCCCAAAACGAAGGCACGGACGCCAACAGGCAGAUCAACAAAAUUGAGUGCGUCGCGCCGGCGGUCUGCUGCAGCACUUGGCCGGAGCUCCCACGGGGCUCGCUGUGGCUGCAUUUCAUUAACAACGAUGGCGCUCUCGCGUGCCUUGUCUCGGGGACGUCCCGCUCUAGCAGCAUUAUGGGCCGG